GGCUCAAACUGACAUUUAGCCGAGAUUAUCAUAAAGUUGUGAGAAAAAGAAAGUUAUCAGCGAAAACAAAUUUAAUUUUUGGUGUCGACGGUGGUAGAACGGAGAAACCAAAGAAGCCAGCCGCUGGCCAGAAGUUGAUUUUAAACAGCAUCGAAAUGGGAGUGAACUGUGCGAAGAAGCUGAAGAAGUAGGUGUUUUUAUGGUAAUGAAGCGCGAAGAGAUAUAAUACAACGCGUAGGGUGGUAGUGAAAAGUGGAUCAAAAAUAAGAGAAGAGGCGUUGGUCGUGGGUGGUGAAACGUACCCGAGGUGACGACGAGACAACCGCCGAGAAGAAUUACGAGUAGAAUAAUAAUUUUAUUCAGCCCUGCAAGUCCGAGGAAGUCAAAGAGAGCUGCAGAACUGAAAAAAUAGCGACGGGACUCUGCGACUGACGUCUACUUUAAAAAGGACUCGAAAAGCCUUGUGAAUUAAUAAAUCUCUGCGUCCUUGACGACAUCGUUUGCUUACUGAACAUUGCAAGACAGAAUAAUCGAUGCUGAAAAGCGGGGGGAGAUUCAAAGGAAGUAAUUUAUCGCUCACAUAACGUUAGCAAAAUUCAAUAUUGGAGGUCGUCCACAAUUUCCAACUGUUUGUGACUUGGUGGGACAAAACCAAUUUAUUGUUGAUUGUGCUUGGAGAGUGGUGGAUGCCAACGGCAAGUGAGAGCUGACCGCGAAUUUAUCUCAAGGCAGAGCUGAGCAUAUACCGAAGUGAACAAUCAGAUGGAAUACCUGAGCUGAACGUACUCGUCGUUGCUGAACGAUUUCCCACCGCAGAAUGCCAACAAGUGCCCGUUUGCUCACGUUCCAAAACAAUCACAUGCGCUCCGGAAGUCCCAGCCCCAUCAAACUGAGCUCCACUUCAUCGGAAAUCAAUCAGCAGACACGAAAAUUCAUUAAUCAUCCCCGGAAAAGCUCAGUUAAUGCGGCGCUGGAUUAUCAUAGCUCGUCUCUACCGGCCACCGCAAACAACUAAAGGGGAAGUAAACUCCAGAGACUCCACGCAGUUCGGCAUUGUUAAGAAGCAUUUUCCCCCGUUCAACGACACGCCAUCGAUCCAGGCAAGAUGAGUUAAGCCCCCUUGAAGUCGCUUGCCGGCCCGGCUCGGCCCUAGUCCAGUACAAUAUCAAAUAGUGUGCCAUCAAAUAGAUAGUGGGUAUUUGCUGAAAUGAGUAGCUUACCGGCAUUCAAGCGAAGCAACAGCAGCGGCGGGAACAAGAAGUGGUGCCGCGUCCAGAGUGAAAUGAUAAAGCAAACUGCAGAGUUAACGAUAAAUUGCCGGAACGAAAGCGUUUGCCGAUAGAGCGAGCGUCAUAUACAGUGAAAGCGAGAGACAGGGAAAGACGGACUGUGUGUGUGGCUUUCACGAAUAGUCGGCAGCGUCUGGCUGUGGCAUUUGAUUGUGGUUUUCCUUCCGGAUAACCGGAGCAAAUCAGCCGAGGCUAACGGCAACGCACCCACAGAUUGAAAGUGGGUUCCGCCUGUUGAGAAUUACUGGAUAGAAGGGAAACAGGUAGGACAGGUUUUUGUAUUUGCCGAGGAAAACAUGUUAUGCCAUUAUCACCUGCUCGUAUGUUUGUCCUGCUUUGUGGCUAAUUGUUGGAGUUCAACCUCGGAGUACCUAAUCAUUCGACAUGGCCGGUCACGGGUACGUCACUCAAGCGAAAAGGAUCACAUCCGUUGGGGACUGCAGGUGUUUGAUAACUUCACACUGCUGGACUACGAUACGGUCGACGAUUCGAAUGAAACGAGUGGCAAUGGAAACGCCCUCAGUGAUUUGAGAAGCCCCACCAGGAGAAUAGGAAAGGGAAGGGCAGGGAUGGAUCAAUUUUCGGAUAAUAGCAAUAAUUCCGAUACGUUAACGAUUCAGUUCAGUGAAUCGGAAGAAUUGGAGCGAAUGAUUGACAUCAGCGAUUUUGAUAGUAUAUCAAUUGAAUCUGGAAAUGGGCGAAAGCAGGCGUCCUUCAACAGCUGGAGAAAUAAUCGCACUUUUAACCUUCCCUUUUCUGGGGAUUCGAUCCAAAGGUUCACUCCCAUGCCACCUACAGAACAUGCUCCAGUCCCAAAAGGUGUCCAACAGAAGAAAAAGCUUAUCAAAAAAGAGAUAAUGGAGAACAUUCGAAAAACAGUCGAUAAAGGAUUGGAAUAUCUUAAAUCUCAUAAGAAUUUAGACGAGGUAAAAAUAGAGCUGAAGCCUUUCCGAGCACGUUCCAAGGGUACUGAAAAUGGCAAUGAAAGGUUGGCACAUUCUUCCGAUUCUGACACGUUAUUGCGAAAAGUUAUUCCCAGUCACGAGCGGUCGCCAUCGAGGGAACGGAAGAAAAACGAGCUGAAGCACGCGGAUGGCAAUCGGAAAGAUUACACACAAGUGUCGUCACCUUUUUCAAUCCUGCUCACUAGUGCGAUUGCUAACGACGAUGCUCGCCAAAGUGCCGGAAGCGAAUUACAACACUCUUUCACUUACCUGGAGGAAAAAUAUUGGAAAAAUGUCAAAAUAAAUAACGACGGCAACUUAUUUCAACUGUCGACCGUAGCUUCGGAACGGAAGCAGAUUUCCACCGAAAUUACUGCUUCGCCGGAUAAUAACGACUAUCUGAACGACUCACCGCCCCAGGUCACUGGUGGACUCCAACAUCAUUCACUCGGUCCGUCGGUCACUGCUAAUGAAGCUACCAGUUGGAUGGAAGGUAGCGAGAAAAAAUCGGGACCAAUUAAUGGUAAAACGAACCGUCAUAACAAUGCGGAGGAGAAAUUUAAUUACGAACUACGAAAACAAUCGUUAGACUCGCGCUCCACGGAACCCUUCCAAAACGAUGGUUCCGUUCCCGAUGUGGAAGGUGGUGACGAGGUUAUAAAUAUCCUUAACGACACGCCGACAAUGAAUUUCGAGUCAAACGAAGCGGAUGCACAAUCCACAAUCAUAUUCAACGGCGAACCGGACUCCGAUUCGGACGGUCCACUAACAUGGGUCUCGGAUGCUGCGGACUCGAACGAUGGCGAUGGUGAUGAUGAUGGAAAUGGCGAUGAUGAUGCCGAUAUCGGUGACAUUUUCCGCAUGGAGGACAUAGACCUGAGCGAGCUGGACGAGACCAGUCGGAACAAUAGGCGCAAUUUGAUGAAGGGCCGCGAUCUGGUGACCAAGUUUCUGCAAAUCGUCGAGAGUCAACAUCUGCUGGGAUCCAACUGUACGGCUGGGACAGCGCUCAAUCUCGGCGAAGGCGUCGUCGACAGAUACGCUCAGGACAGAUUUCGCGUGGAGGCGGAAAUUGCCGUGAACAGAGCCAAUAUGUUGACGAGAGUUUUCAAGUUUGCGUCACCGGCGGUCCAGGCGUCGGAACAUCUUCUCCACGCAUCCGUUCUGUCGAUGGUAGAGUUUGACGAUGACAUCUUCGCCGCCGGAAAUUGCUUCGACUGGAACCAGCACACAGCGAAGAAGGGUUUAUUCUGCCCGUUCGCGUACCGGCUGCCGCCCCCGGACCAGGGUGCCUCCCUCGCCAAGGACCUAGCCGCCGAGUACCAUUACUUGGGCAACACAUCGGAAUGGUUUUUUCUCGCCCGGAAGAACGCAGAAAAAGUCAUCGCACGGAACGAGCAGUAUAUUAAGUCGUUUCAUAUCUACACGAAUAACACUGCCCGUCAGUCGGACGAGAUCCUGUCGGUGAAGUACGAGGAUGGACGGUGGUCUAAGCCGUAUUACGACUGCGGUGGCGGCAAUAUUUGGAUGCUGACAUACACGGUACCUUUUUUCGGCUACGAGAACGGAACCUACUUCUUCAAGGGAACAUCCGGCAUAGAUAUUGAUUUACGGCGGGUGGAUAUUGAUCAAUGCCCGCAGAAAAAUUCCCCAUCUGGUGCUCCACAGCCGCUCAACAUUUUCGCCGGUACCGACAAAUGCAAGCCACGAACAACGGAGUGUGCUCCGAUCCCAGGAUUGGGCUUUCGCCGCGGAUCCUACCGGUGCGUGUGUCGGAAGGGAUAUUACUUUCCCGAUACCAGCAUCGAGCAGAAGUGGUUCAAUGGAACCACACUCGAAGAAGAGUAUGAAAAAUUGAUGCAGAGCGAGUUCAGCACCUACCUCGAUGUUUCGACAUACCAGUGCCUGCCCUGUGCCGAAGGGUGCGACUCCUGCCUGGAUGCUUCGCCGUGCGUGGCUGCCCUCAACUGGACCAUGCGAACCGGUAUUUUGGUGCUGGCCUGUGCCGUGAUUGGAUUGCUUCCUCCGGCGGCGGUCUUCACCUUUCGCUACCAACAGGUUAAGGUGGUACGAGCCGCAAGCCCAGCUUUACUCCGCGUCAUUGCACUCGGAGCAUUUUGUAUAUAUUGCACGUCCAUCGUGAUGUAUCCACCCCCAUCGUUGUACACCUGCACUGCCCGAGUAUGGCUCCGGGAGAUCGGAUUCUCGUUGACGUACGGAGCGCUGAUGCUGAAGACUUGGCGCAUAUCAGUCAUCUUCCGCGUGCGUUCGGCGAAAGCGGUGAAAAUCACCGACGCGUACCUGCUGAAGCGGCUGGGGCUUCUGUGCGGUUUCGUCGGAAUAGCCCUGCUCGUUAGAACGCUGGUGGCCCCACCGGUCGUAAUAGUGGGCCGCACCGCAGACAACCUCAAAGCCUUUCUCUGCAAAACCGACUGGUGGGAUCAUACGUUCACAUCCAUGGAAGUCCUGUUCCUGGCGUGGGGCGUUCGACUGUGCAUCAUGGUUCGGAAGGCCCCUUCGGAGUUCAACGAAAGUCGAUUUAUUUCGAUGGCAAUCUACAACGAAUUCCUCCUGACGUGCUUUCUUAAUGUGUCGAUGUUGUUCCUGCAGUCACCUGCUAAUCCAGAUUUAUUGUACAUAAUAUUUUUCUGCCACACCCAGCUCACCGUAACUCUUCUGCUGGGGCUGAUAUUCGGUAGCAAGGUCUAUCUCGUUUUCCGGGGUGGAGGCAAACACCAAGACGACUCAACCGGGCUCGGCAUGAAGCCAUCGGGUGCCAAAUUCAUUAGCCGCUCCCACGGGCGCACAUUCGCUAAUGCCAGCAGCGUGACGACCUCCACCGCACAGUUGGGAGGAAACAUAGUGAACGAAGGUCGUCUGACGGAUGACGAGGCUGUGAUGGAGAUCAAACAGCUGCAAGUCCAACUUCAGCACCUGUACGAACGGAUACCGCAAAGAGGGGUAGCCAUCGCUACGAUCGCAUGCUUGAUAGACAUUUGCAAAAAUUCCUCGCUAAAACCUCCUCCUGCGCCGGGUGGAGUGAAAGCAAUAAUGGCCGCUCCUGCUCAAAUAGGCCAAACACAUGUCGACAAGAGCACCAACACCAACAGCCUUCCCAAUGGCACCUUCUGCAGUGAAGGGCGGAGAGGAUCCGGUUUAAAUAGCUCUAACACGCGGAUUAUGAUCACUGACGACUUCGAUCACACAAAUCGUUCGAUAGAUGAUAGUAAUUUCAACUUAGAUAAUCUUCAGCUGAAAUGUAUGUGCAGCGAGGAGGAAGUGGAAGACGAAAGGGAGCAAAAGUGCGAAUGCCACGAUGGUGAAGGGAUUGUGCAUAACUGUAAUAAAAGCGUUAGUAGUUUUAAGCAUAAUGAUUGCUGUGAUAGCGGAAGGGCAGUGCUAGUGAAACGCAACUCGGAAAUAGCGUUGAGUAGUAGUGGUUGCUGUACUGGAACUGGCCAGCAUGGCUCCGAUGGCCGCCAAACCAAUACUUGUAGCAGUAAGUUUAGUGAAUUGAGUGCGAAAAAUUUCGAAUCUUGUGAUAAUCUGUUGCAUCAACAGCAAAAGCAAAGGCAGAAACAAAUUUCGUACGGUGAUAGCAUAGAUAAUCAUUCUAGUAGAAGGCAAAACUCCAGCGGUUACGGCUUAGUGACAACGAGUUCUUCCCUAAGCGUGGAUGAGAGGAACUUUAGGAAUCUUAAUCAAGAAAACUUCAACAAAUUGUACGCCAGUCACAACAACAAAAUAGACAGUUUGAAGGAAAACUUCCUCAUGCGAACGGCAUUAACCACCGCCCUUCAUAACUUGGAGAACGAGAACCGCUCACGUCUCCAAAGAGUUAACGCGGAAUCCAUGCAGAUGCCGGCUGCAGUUGGUAUUCAUCGGAUAUCACCGUCGUACUCCAACGCACCGGCCGCAGCCACGUCCCACACUUCCAUUGCAGCUGCAACUGGCAUGCCCACCAAUGCUCACAACACAUCAACAAUCUCCACGCCAACGCCAUCGUGCAGCUCCUCGAGAACAUCCAUCGUAACUACCACCGCCUCAUCUGGUGGUGGGGUGGUGGCAACCGGCUCAGUAACGGCAGCCAGUGUCACUGAUGAAGCGGAAAUAGCCACAUCAACACCGGCGCUGCCAAACACCGUCGAUGCGAACGGCGGAACUGCCAGCCAACAGCAGUCAAAGAAGAAAAAGUCACCCGAGAAAAGCUGGCAAACACGUUGAGCGCGUCACACAUUCCAUUCCUAGUGGAAAACGGAUUCUGCGAAAUCAACAACCAGACAGACAGAAUAGCAGAAGGGAAAAAAAGCCCUCAAGUUUAAUUGCAGCAUUUUCCGACACCCGAGAGCGUGACUGUGGGCGGCCACAACGGACGUGAAAUUGAUUUCAUUUGUACAGUGUCGAGUUUCUUAUUUUUUUUCGAUUCGGUGAACAUUUGGUCAAUUGUGUUCGGUUUAGUACCUAUUUUUUGUUGUUGGUAGGUUUGAAAAAUUAUCGUUAUAAAUAGAUACGAACGAAUUGCGGCGAGGAUUAAGAUGGUCGUUAAGUUCAUUCAUAAGAC